AUGUUGUAUCAACAACGAAGAAUAGCUUAUGAUUCAAUCAGACGACAAUCUGCGUUAGAAGCAAUAGAUGAAUUAUUUAAAACCCAACAAUUUUAUUGGUUCUUAGGUCAUUUAUUCACUAUUAUAUUUUUCACAUGUAGUGUUCUUACAGGAGUUGUAGAUCAUAGGAUUUCAUUAAGAUACUAUCAAUAUUCGUUAGUAUCAAUUAUAAUAUCCUACCUUUUAAUGAUAGCUCAAAUUUAUCCUAAAUCUGGAAUAAUGUUUAUGAAAUUAAAGCAUACAUCAAUUAAAGAUUAUAAUAUUCAAUAUUUCUUAUUAGCUUUGGUUUUAUAUUGGAGUAGUUUCAAAAUUGGACAAAUUAGAUCAGGAUUAUAUUCAUAUGUAAUUUAUUCUGGACUACACGUAAUAAUAUAUUGUCAAAAACACAUAGCACCAAUAUUUAUAACUAAAAUUAAAGACAAAGAAAGAUUUGAUUCAAUAAUUGGUAGAAUUAUAUCAGCAAUUAAUCUUCCUAUAUUAUUCAUUGCGGCAAUUGGAGAAAUUGUUACAUUAUUCCUAGCUAUAUUUCAAUUCUUAACUAGUUUGGUGUUUUUAUUAAUCAAUUGGGAUUGGAAAUUUGUUGGAAUAAAUUUAUUUGUAGUGGUUGUGUUCGUUGUAUUUGUUAAAUUAAGAUUUGAUGAUAAUCAUUGUACUAAUACGGUGAUAAAUCUGAUAGAUACAAGAAUUGACGAUAUUGUCAAUCAGAUUAAUGAUCCCCAAUUAUUAUAUAUUUAUCAUGUUAUCAGAGAUGCUGGGAUCAAGUAUCUCAGUUUAAUCCAGUUAGACCAGUACUCACCGGACGGUGCUGUGAAAUAA